UUUCUAUCCCUGGCAGCUAAAACAUGUUUGUCAGCCCUCGGUUGUGAUGAAAAACAAAGCAAUUGUUUAUAUUGGAUAUAAAAACAAUGUCUGAUGCGUACGCAUGUGUUGCCAAAGGCAAACUUAAGCUAAAAAGUGAUUCCGAGCUGAAGAAAAAGAAGAAGAAACACAAGAGCAAGGACAAAGAGAAGGAGGCGCUGCAAAAAUCAUAUGCGGAACAACAACUCAUAGAAUCUGGAGCUGGAACAGCAUCGACCAGUGGCUACGAAAGGAAGCUAACAAAGGCGGAGUUGGCCAGCAAGAAGCAGCAGGAGAAGAUGCGAAACAAGCGCAUUAUGGACAAGGCACAAACGACGCACAAGCAGCGCGUGGAGAAAUUCAAUGAGCAUUUGGACACACUGACCGAGCACUUUGAUAUUCCCAAAGUCUCCUGGACAAAAUAAACAUCAAAUGCUUGUAACUGCAGCUUAGUAUUUCAAUUAAAAUUAUUAAUCAAAUGUAACAGUUUCUUUAAACUUUUAGAAACAUUAUAUAUAUUAAGCAUAAUUUUGACUAUAUUGUGAGAGAAGAGAAGCCAAAAUAAACAGAGCGUUCAAAUGGCAGCAUUAAACUAAAUA